AUGCCGCCCGCCCCCAGCCAAAAGGGCACCGGCAAGAAGAGCGGCGCGGGCGCCAUCCGCCAGCGCAGCCGCAACACGACCCCGAGCUCCCUGCCUCCCGCCGCGGGGGGAGUAGGAGGAGGCACAGGAGGCGCUGGCGGAGGGGCGACAGGCACGGGCGCCAACCUGCCGCCCAUCGAGGCCAUCGACGCCGAGUACCUCGCCCUGCGCGUCGAGCAGUUCCGUAACAUCACCUACGAUGACCUCGUCGACCCGGGCGCCCCCGGCAGCCCCGUCCCCGACGCCAAGAGCGUCGACGGCCUCAUCGCCCGCCUGACGCGCCUGCAGGAGGUCAUUGACCGCCGCACCAACUUUUGCGACAAGGCCAUGCGCGAUCUGUCGGUCCAGAGGAAGCACCAUGUCGACGAGGUCGUCGAGAAGGAGGACGUGCGGACUGAGGACGACCGCAAGAGGUCCAAUAAGAAGAAGCGCAAGGCGGCGGAUAGUCUGGCGCCGGGCGACACGAACCACAAGGAGCGAUCCUCGCCUCUACGCGGCGACUCGACGAAACCCAGAAAACUCUCCAGAGACUCGAUCAGCUCGUCGCUUUCCCCCGUCGAGCCUGGCUCGCCAUCCGCCAUGGACGUCGAUGAUAAGAAGAAGAGCAAGAAGAAGAAGGACGAAAAGGAGAAGAAGGAAGACGAGGCCGUCGAGGACGAAGAGGAGGAGGAGGAAUCGAGCUCCGAGGACGAGGGAGCCCCACCGCGCCGUGAUCUGCCCGCCGCGCACACCUUUGGCGACGACCCCUCCACAUUCCCCGACCCGACAGUAUAUGAGAUUCGAGAAGCGAAACCGGCCAUCAUGUCGGAAGACGAGCUGAAAGAGAUUUACUCAGUCGCCGUAUACCCCAAGCAUGACCUCGCCGAGCUGGAGCUCAUUGCCGGCGACCCCCCAGAUAAGGACUUCAGCAACGCCAAGCCGUCGAACCAGAUCAGUUUUUCCACCUUCAGCGCGUACAUUGAACCAUACUUUCGCCCCUUCACCGAGGAAGACCUCGGCUUUCUGCGCGAACGCGGCGACCGCGUGGCGCCCUUCCACAUGCCCAAACGCGGCAAGCGACACUACACGGAGAUCUGGGCCGAAGAAGACGGCGCCAUGCAGGUGGACUCGCCAUCGAAGCGGGAAAAGCUGGCGCCCAACGUGCCACGUGGGACCAUCGACGUCAUGGACGACGAAGUCGGUGAGACAGACAAGCUGUCUGUCGGCCCGCUCCUCUCCCGCCUCGUGAGCAUCAUGCGGCCCGAGUCGCGUCCGCCCACCGACGAGGACAAGCCCAAUGUCAACGGCACGACCAACGGCGACGUGAGCAUGGCCGGCAGCACCAACGGCGAGAACGGCGACCUCAGCAUGAGCUUUGGCGGCGGCGGCGGCGAGGACAACAAGCCGCUGACAAUGCCACCGGCAACGUUCAUGGCGGAGUCCAACUCGGAGUCGUGGAAAAAGGCGACGCACCCCAAGCUCGACUACGCGCAGGUCGACGAGCGCAUCAAGCAGGAGCUCAAGCACAUGGGUUUCCUCCCGCACGAGGGCCCCAUCGACGCCGAGUACGACGGCGCCUUUGACGACGAGGUCGCCGCCCGGCUGCGCCUCCUCCAGGACCGCCUCCGCAGCCAGAUGCUCAUCAACGGCGCGCGCAAGGCCCGCCUCACCGAGCUCGUCAAGGAGCGCAUGGCGCACCAGGAGUACCAGACCAUCCUCGAGGACCUCGACUCGCAGGUCCAGGCCGCCUACCUCAAGCGCACCCGCACCAUGGGCAAGAGCAAAAAGGCCAAGCGGCCCGCCGGCAACAGCGCCGCCGCUGCCGCCGCCGCCGCCGGCAUGGCCCGCCCCGGCAUCGGCGACGUCACCAAGAUGCUCAUGGAGCGCCGCGCCCGCUGGAUCGGCACCAUUGGCUCCGUCUUUGAGGACGAGAACCUCGGCAAGGUCCCGCGCGUCGAGAAGCCGGGCAGCUCCAUCUUUAAGCCUGCCGAGAUGGCGCAGCUGCUCAAGCGCGAGAAGGAGCAGUGGGAUGAGGAGGUUGAGGAGGAGUAG